CUUAGGCUUCUCUCUUGUCAUUAUUCGACCAUCGGUUUGGUUACUCCAAAAUAUUCACAACAAACCAUAACAAACUUCAGAAGACGCAUAUAAUUGCGAAUGUAGGAACUGCAUGUGGAUUUAAUAGCCGAGUCGCCGUCGUCCAAAAAUAUGAAUUCGAAGAAGAUCAUAACCUUCGGCAAGAUAAGCGCCAGUUUGGAUAAACCGGCGCCCGAGGCACCCGUCGAGACCUCCGGAUUCGGCACUUUCGGCAAGAAACGCGAGGAGAACAAUGUGAAGAAGAUGGACGAGAUCAAGCCGGAGGACGAGGAGGAGACUCAAAAUAUGCAGAAGUUGAUGGGCAUCACGGGCUUCGGUAAGAAAGCUAAAUCCUUCGACGUGCAGGAGAUGCUGGAGAACAUCACCAAGACCAUCAGCAGCAAUAAAGCAGCCGUAGUCGAGAAGGAAAGAUCCGACGAAGUCGCGGAAUCCAAAGAGGACGAGGUGAGCGACGACGACGACGACGAUGAUGAUGAUGAUUUCAUUGGCCCACCAAUACCAUCUUUGCCAGUUACUUCAGAAGCAAUCAAAGAUUCAAUUGCAGAAAAGAAGAAGGUUGAGAAGAAUGAAAGCGACGACGAUGACGACGACGACGACGAUAAAGAAUCAUCGGACACUGAAGGGGAAGAAGAGUUAACAUUGAGGGACAAGAUCCCUUGUUCUCACGAGGUUUCGAUGACUCACGGCACUAAAGCGGUGAUCGCCAUCGCCGCGGAUCCAUCCGGAGCUCGACUGGCGUCCGGAUCCAUCGACUACGACGUCUGUUUCUGGGAUUUCGCCGGCAUGGACACGUCCAUGAAGAGCUUCAGGACCUUGCAGCCCUGCGAGAAUCAUCCCAUCAAGUGUCUGCAGUAUUCCACGACCGGGGACGUGAUCCUGGUGAUCUCCGGAGCCGCGCAGGCGAAGGUCCUCGACCGGGACGGUUUUGAGAAAUGCGAGACCGUCAAGGGCGAUCAGUACAUCACGGAUAUGGCGCGCACCAAGGGCCACACCGCCAGUCUGAACAGCGGCUGCUGGCAUCCGUUCGCCAAGGAGGAAUAUAUGACCUGCUCUCAGGACAGCACCUGCCGGAUAUGGAAUCUGUACAGGCCGCGCGGACACAAGAGUCUGAUAAAGUGCAGGGCGCAGAACGGCGUGAAGACCAUUCCCACCACGUGCGCCUACAGCCGGGAAGGCGCGGCCGUUGCGUGCGGUUGUAUAGAUGGCUCGAUCCAGAUGUGGGACCACCGAAAGACUUUCGUGAACCCGUCCCUCGUGCUGCGAGGCGCGCACGCACAAUCCAGCGAGGUGUCCAGCCUGAGCUUCUCGUAUCUCGGACAGAUGUUGGCGAGCAGGGCCUGCGACGACACUCUGAAACUGUGGGACUUGCGGGCGUUCAAAACGCCGAUCUUCGAGGCUAAAGGACUGUUCUCGCGCUACGACACCACGGAUUGCAUGUUCAGUCCGGACGACUCGAUGAUCGUCACGGGAGAAUCUCUGAACAAGGGGGAGACGACCGGCAGGGUGCUGUUCUACGACAGCAAGACGUUCGACCUGGUCAGAGAGAUCCCCGUGACGAACUCGCACGUGAUAAAGACUCUGUGGCAUCCGAAAUUGAAUCAGGUGUUCGUCGGCUGCGGCAACGGCAUCGUCAAGGUGUAUUACGAUCCGAAGAAGAGCAUGAGGGGCGCCAAGCUGUGCGUCGUCAAGACGCACAUGAAACAGAAGCACAUUGAGAUAAUGUCUACCCAGCAGAUUAUAACGCCUCACGCGCUACCCCUGUUCCGUCAGGACAGGCCCAAGUCGGUACGCAAGCAGAUGGAGAAGGACAGGCUCGAUCCAAUGAAGUCGAGGCGUCCUGAUCUGCCCAUCACUUCCGGCCAGGGUGGCAGAGUCGCGUCCUCCGGAGGGACGCUCAGCUCCUACGUCAUCCGCAAUCUCGGGCUGAGUAAGCGGAUUGAGGACGACCAGGAUCCUAGAGAAGCUAUUUUGAAGUACGCAAAGAUAGCCGAGGAAGAACCAUACUGGAUCGCGCCCGCGUACAAGAGAACGCAGCCAAAAACGAUUUUUCAAAACGACGAUCAGGCCGAGAGCGGGCCGAGCAAUAAGAAACAAAAAACUUAGACUUGUACUCGCUUUGUAUAUACGCGCUGUUUAAUUAUAUAUGUAUAUCCAUGUACAGUACAUGUAGCAAAUUAAUCGAAGGAGAACGUAACUUUGUUGUAAAUGUUGUGUUACAAGAUAAUAUUGUACAUAAUACAUUAUAAUCUCUUUUAGUAUAAUUCAUAUAAUUGCGCUAAAAUUGCUUUUAAAUAUUGAUUUAACAGACCAUUAUUUAAAGGUAAAACACAAGGUAUUGAUGGUAUUGAUUAAUAAGAUUUAUAAUAUAUGUAAUUCGUUGUCUUAAAUCUUAAAUUAAAUUAUU